GGGGCAGUUGCCGGUGACUACAGCGGCGGCGAGCGGGAGGCGCGUGGAGGGCGAGCGGGCGCGGACCCCCCUGUUGCCAGGGCGACGGCGGGCUUCAGGCCCCGCCUCUUCCGUGCCUCCCCAGUAGGGGGGGAUCGAGGCCAUCUUCCUCCUCUUCAUGGCACGCAAGUCACCAGCUGCGGAUACCCUUCUGCCACCCCUCAGCGCGCUGGCAGGGCCCAGGAAGGUGGCGCCGGCUUGGGGAGAGGAGGCCGAGCCAGGGUCCAGCUCCCGGACGACUUUGGCGAAAUCCUUGCAGACCGCUGAAGCUCUGCUGCGCCACUGCAUUCACCCCAACUGGAGGCGCCUGCUGCCGCUGCGUCCCACCGAAGACCCUGAAGACAGUGACGAGGAGGAGGAGACGACAGGAGGCGUGGCCCACCUGGCCCAGGUGGAACGCAGCUUCCUGGGGCUCAGCCGCAGCCUUUGCGUGCGAGAGGAUCUGCGGACCGAGACGUUCCAGGGCCAUGUGCGCCCAGAGCUGCCCCAGGCGGCCUUCUCGUACCACGCGGUGUGGAGCGGCGCAGCCCGCCGGUGUGCCACCAUGCAUGCUCUGCUGCAGCAGCACCACAACUUGCGCCUGGCCCGCCACUACAGCCGGCGACUCAAGGCCGCCUCGGACUUUGUGCGCCGCCUGAGGACUGCGGAGCGUUCUCUGCUUCUGCCCAGCGGUAGGCAGGAGGCCGACUCGGGGCGGCUGCUGCGGGGACUGUGUGAACAGCUGCGCACCCACACCGCUCACUGGGAUGCACUGCAGCGGCACAUGCGCAGUGACCCUUGGCUGCGGCCCUUGCUUCUCCUGAGGCACGAGGUGGUGCUGCGCAUGAAGCAGGCCCUCUCUCUGCUGGCCCUGCAGGCCCUCUGCCUUUCAGAGCGCUGCCUAGAGGCCCUGCUGCGCCACCUGGCUCACACCACCUGCCUGUCCGCGGCACCGCUCUCCGAUUUCUUCCAGGGGCUGGAAAUCUACAACCAGGUGUUGAGAGACCAGCCACGGCAGCCACUGUGGGCGGAGCCAGGAUGCAGCUCAGGUCUGCGAAGAGAGCCCAGAGGAGCCUCUGCCUUCCCCGUGGACAGAGUUCUGGGCAUCUUGGCGGCAGAGAGAGGCCAGCGGGCGGCCCGCAAGCUCUGCCAGCUGCUCCUCGGGCUGCAGGCGCGGGCCAGAAGCGGGGAAGCGGCGACGUCUUGGGAGGGCUUUCUUGAGCCAGGGCUCCUGGCAGCGGCCCCGCAGGCUGGCGAGGGCGCCCCCAGCCUCUCUGCAGAGUUGCAAGCCCUGUGCCACGUAGAGGAAGAGCACCUGCUGUGGAUCCUGGGGAAGUUGGUGGCCUCCACUGGCAGCCUGUGGCACCACCUCCUCCGUAGGCCCAACCAGGAAAGGCCCCCCGGGGGCCUGGAGGAGUCUCAUGGGCCGGGGGGGUCUGACUCCGCUUCCCUGCCUGCUUGGAAGACCGUGCACUGGCUGGACGCUUCCUACUCGGAGGCUGCUGGGGGGCUGUACGCGCAAUGCUGCCCCCUCCUCUGGAGUGCCACUGCCGUUGCCCUAGCCCACCAGCUGGAGGUCCGUUUGCCCAUGGCACAGUUCCAGGGAAGGACAGUGGCCACGCUGGGCCAGCAACUUGGCCACGCCCCGUUCCACGCCUGCGUCCCCCGAGAGAGCACGGAAGAGCUGAGGGGCCUGUUUCUACGGCUGCUGCUGCGUGAAGUCCUCAGGCACUGGGACCAAGACUUCUGCCGGGCGCUGGGCUCCAGCCUGACUGAUAAAUGUGUGGCCGUGCCACCCCGGGCCACGGAGGCGUCGUGCAGCCGCACAGCUCAGCUGCUCCACAGCCUUUCCUUGCCCUUGGCCUUCUCCCUGCAGUGCUGGGAUGCCUGGUCCCCGCUGAGCACCGCCGGCCACUGCCUCCUCGGGCCCGCAGGCUGCCGCUUGGUCCUGCUGUCCCUGUCCGCCGCUGCCAGCCAGGCCUCCUGCUACUGGGCCCUGGGCAAAGCCUCCCAGCACUUGGCGGCCGGCUCCCUCAGCCCGUUUCUGCUCGUCACCCAAGGAGACUUGCAGCUGCUGAAGACACAGGCGAGCAGGCUAGCGGCUCUGGCGACCGCAGACCCUUCCCGGGAGGAAGGGAAGGGUGGUCCCCUCGUCUCCCAGCAGGAGCAAGAGCUGUGCCAGCAGGUCGACUCUAUGGCAGCCAGCCUACAGGAUUUCGCCCAGGACGCCCUGAGGCUGUUCUCCUCGGAGUGCAGGCGCAUGGCAGGGGAGAUCUUUGGGCAAACCAUGCCCCUGGGCAAGCACUGGCGCCUCGCCCGCCAAGCAGACGUGCCUUGCUCCCCCAGCGAGUACGCCUCCGCGGCCACCCAGGCUGUCCUGGGCCAAGUCCUGCAGGGCCUCCAGCCGCUGCCCCGCGAGGUCCAGGAGCCGACCCUCAGCCAGGUCACCACCGCCUUCCUGGAAGCCUGGCUGGACCACAUCCUGACUCAGAAGGUCAGGUUCAGCCUGCAGGGCGCCCUUCAGUUGAAGCAGGACUUUGAGCUGGUGAGGGAGCUGCUGCAGUCCGAGGAGGCCGGGCUCCCUGCAGAGACCAGGCAGCGGCUGCUCUCCCUCCGCGUCUUCCAGCAGGUGGACAACGCCGUCACCUGCCUCCUGCAGCAGCCCGGCAAGGCCUCCCUGCCCUGCCAGACCUGGGACGCCCUCCACCAGUGCUGCGCCUACAACGGCACUCGCAUGCAGGACGGCGUCCCCAGCAGCCUCAACAGUCUGGAGAGCUUGGAAGGGCUGCCUGCCCAUUCCAGGGCUGCCGGGGAGAGCCAGCCGGGGGACCUGCUCGGCUGCAGCCCGGAGACCUACCUCAGCCCCCACCAGCAGGAAUGGCUGGCGCUGCGGCUGCACGGGGGCCGACGCUGGAAAGUGCCUGGCCUGCCCUGCAUGUGCAGAGCGGCAGAGCCCUGAAGGGCGGACUCUGCACACACACACACACACACACACACCCCCGUGCCUUUGCAGAGCGAGCAGCUGGCGCACCCUGGGGCCUCCUCCCUCUGGCGUGCCUUGCUUGCCCUCGGAGCCACCGUGGCAGGGGCUGGCAGCGGUCCCAGGCCUGGUGGGAUAAGCCGUGCUGGGUUCAGGGCUCUCCUUCCCUCCCGUUGGACACUUCUGGCGGUUGGUGGGGAAGGGUCUGUUCUGCUGCCCUUCCUCUGGCCCAGCUGCGGGGCGGGUCCUGGAGCCCUUCAGAGGCCUGGCUGCCAACUGGGCCGCCUCUGCUGCUGCAGCGGCAAAGGAAAGGUGCUGGUCGAGAAGCAAGCCUGUGCCUCAGUGAGCGGCCCCCAGUGCAGCCCUCAGGCCCCUGUCCCACGUGGUCCUGGGCAGGCGCCUGUGUGUUGUCUUUAGCAGAGACCUCUGCGUCACAACCAACUCGUUUGCAAUAACUGCCCCCCCCCCUUUUCUGCAGCCACCAAAAUCUCAUUUCGAUUUCUAAAUAAACUUUGGAAAAUG